ACGAAAGUGCAAUGUAGCGCGAGCAUUGCGCGCCUUUUACAUUGUGGAGUUGAUCUUAGUUUUCCCACUGAAAAUGAAGUUUACCUGCAGCAUAUGCAUGGACAAUUUCAGCAGCGAGAAUAUCGACAACAUAAAUGCCACCGGUUGCGGCCAUGUUUUCCACGAGAUGUGCCUUCUCCACUGGACGGAGAUGUCCAAGACUUGCCCGGCUUGCCGGAAGCCGUUGCGCCCGAAGCAAGUGUUCAAGCUCUAUUUUAACCUGUCUGAAACUAAAGAAGUUGACGUGGGAGAUCUUCAGAACAAGCUAGACGACGCGAAGGCGCAGCUUAGGGCCGCAAACGUAGAGAAGAUCAAACAGCAAGAAGCAGCCGACACGCUUAAGGCUUUCCUCAUUCAGCGGGAAGAGGAAGUUCAGAAGUUUAAGGACAAGUACAUGACUGCCCUCGGCGAAAAGUCUCAGUUGCAAGCUAAGAUACAGUCUAUGCGAAAGGAAGUUUCAGAAAAGCGCCAGCUGUACGACGAAAACAUUGCGUUGCGCUCUCGAGUUACGGACUAUGAAAGUCUCAGAAAGCUGAUAGACAGCAAUGCAAAGGAAGCGGAAGAGCUUCUCAAGUCUUACGCAGAAGGACCCGGCGCGUUGAAGCUUUUGUCGACGUAUUGUUGCCUGGUGAAACGCCAACUGCAGACUGUGACAGACAGCCGGUCACAGCUGAACAAAGAGGCACUAGACCUGCGUAAGAAGGUGGCCUAUUUGGAAGUUCUGUCCAGAGAGAGGGCAGCCCGCAUACGCACAUUGGAAGGGGACGUGAGUCACCUCAAGGAGAUGCUCCACAGAGCCGAACUGAAAGCAGAGAAGAGCAGCGCUUCUGCGAGCACAAGUGCCAAUGAUAGCAUAAUUGCAGAAAGCCCAGCACCUGAACGGUUGAAACGUCCACGCUUGACAAACCCAGAAGAAACGCCUUCUCCGGGUGUUGCCUCUCCAGCUCUUCGUAUCGUGACCUCGGCUUGGCAUUCGAAGCCUCCAGAUGGUGCAACGCCAACAAGGGAACCGCUGUUGCCACGAAAAGCAAAUUUUUUUCGUCCACCUGCUGUUACAGACUCAUUCAAGUCGGUCAUCAGGACGGGCUACAAUGGUCUAGGUGGUCAUUCAAAGCAUAUAGUCGGAUCAAAGCCAUCGCUGAAAAAAUUUUAAGUUCAAAGUUGGGUCUCACAUACGCCAUUGCUGGCUUAAUUUGUUUUGUAUAAAUUUGUAUUAUAUUAUAAGCAAACAUGUAUUGGGAUUUCUUAUGUUGAUACCAAAGUGUAAUAGUAAAUGAACUUAAGCUUCACAUUUUUACAUUAAUUUUGACACUUGUGUACAUGCCUCUUCGUUUAUAAAAAAUAUACUUAGCAUGAAAAUAAAUGGUAUGUCAGUAUUUGUAUA